GUCAAGUCGACCCGGCCCAAUGUGGUAUUUCCUUUACUCAGUAACCUUUUGGUUAUUUCAGUACAUCGAUGGCACAGACACAGAGAGACUCUUUCAAGGGUUACUUCGCUGCUGGCUCUGCUAACCUACCGGUUGGAGAACAGCUUUAAAUUUAUAUAUAUAUAUAUAUAUAUCAUAAGAUAUGGCUGAGAGUACAGCUGCAAGUAUUACUGACAAGAAGGCAAAAGGGGUUACUGGAAACUCCUUGGAUGGGAAGCUAACUGUAUAUGUAUGGGAUAUGGACGAGACACUUAUACUUCUUAAGUCUUUGUUGAAUGGAACCUAUGCUGAGGCUUUCAAUGGUGUAAAGAAUGUACAAGAGGGUGUGGAGAUAGGAAAGAUGUGGGAGAAACAUAUCCUUGACUUGUGUGAUAACUAUUUCUUUUAUGAACAGAUUGAGAACUACAAUAAGCCCUUUCUUAGUUUGUUGAGGGAAUAUGACGAUGGGCGGGAUCUUGUUGGCUACGAUUUCAACCAGGACGCCUUUGGUUCUCUAGAUGAUGAUGCAAACAAAAGAAAACUAGCUUAUCGGCAUCGAGUCAUUGCCGAAAACUAUAAAAAGGGUUUGAAUGGUGUUCUUGAUCAAGAGUUGAUGAAGCAGUGGGAUGAAUUGUAUAAUAUGACUGACAAAUAUACAGAUGGAUGGCUGUCGUCAGCCCAUACCUUCUUGGAGAAGUGUUCUGCUGGGAAGGAAGAAACAUAUGUUGCCACUGCUGAUGGGAUAACCAACUCUGCUGCUUCAAAAUCUCAGCAUGUUAAUGUUUUAGUGACAUCUGGAUCAUUGAUUCCCAGCCUCGUAAAAUGCUUGCUCUUUCGAUUCGACAAUAUCAUAACACAUGAAAAUGUUUAUAGUUCAUGGGAUGUGGGGAAACCUCAAUGCUUUCAAUGGAUCAAAGAACGCUUUAACAGCUCAAAUGUCCGUUUUUGUGUAAUUGGUGAUGGAUGGGAAGAGUGUGAAGCUGCAGAAAUUAUGCAAUGGCCAUUUAUUAAAAUUGAUCCACGACCAGGUUGCACUGAAAGGUUUCCUGGCCUCACACUGAAGACAAUCGGAUUCUAUCUUUCUGUUGUGUAUGGAAAUUCUGACCCUGAAGAUGAUUAAGAGUAAUUUGAGUUGCAAUGGACAAGGAUUUUCUUUUCUUUUGCUAACCAAGAGAAACAUUACAAACUAUUAACCAAGAUUGAUGACAAUAAGGAAUCUCAAAAGCUGCAUGAGAAUUCAAUUGUUUCUAUAGGAAGGUAAAUUCUUCCUUCUAAGUACUCUUUUGAUCUUAUGUGUACUACUAUUAGCACUUAAUCAAGUUAGAAUGAUUUUUCUAUGGAAUAGUUAACUUAGAUCGCAUUAUUUCUUGUAUAUCAGCCGGUUGGUUAUGGUUCAAUGUAAACCCUUAUGACUGAACUAUUGUAUAUAUGAUCAAAAGUCCAUUUUGAUGUGUGCUAUGAUAUCCUUAUCAUUAGCUAUUGUAAGUUAUACCUCUAAACCAAUACAUUUUGGUCCAAUUGAAAUACACUAUAGCUGUUCUUGUCA